UGAUAAAUGAAAUAACAAAUUUUAAUUAGGAACCUUGAGUCAAAAUUAUAAAUUAUUACUAUUGUUAGUGUGUUUGUAAACAUAAAUAGAAACUACGUUGUAAAUAAAAAUAAACAAUAGUCAAAAUGAAUUUGAUGUUUCGUAAGAACUUCAGUGGGGAAAAAGCUUCGGUUGGUGAAACACGAUCAGGUAUUACGGGUGUAUAUGGCCCGUGUUUGCCGGUAGCUAGUGUACCAAGUGGAGGUUUAACGGGACCUUGUGGUGCUCGACUUGGUAUUCGCCCAAGUAUUGUUAAUGCGAGUGGUCGUGGUCCUAUAAGACGUAGUCGUGAAUUUGGUUAUUCUCCGAUGGAUGACCAUCCGACCCAUGCAUAUCGCACUCAUUUAUUUCUUUCACCACCUUCAGGUGCCGUCGAAGAACCGACUGAUCGAAUUGGUCCUGGUCCCAGACGGAAUUCAUCUUCCCAUGUUAUUAAAUGGGGCGGCGGUGGAAAUAUUAAUAAUAAUAAUAACAAUAAUAAUAACAACACUAAUAAUAAUGUCGUGGGAACCAAGAGGAAGCAAAGCAAUCAGACCAAGGACAUUUCGGAGCCACCGACUCCUACUGCUUCCAGACAGGUGUCAUUUAGCGGUAAUAGAACCGGAGGAAUAUACACACCGCUGGUAGUUUCUGGUAAUAGUCCACCGAGAGGUGAACCAAUAUCACUUGCAACGCUGGAUCGUGACUGUUUUAUCAUUCCAUUAGCGUCUUUGGAACGUUUCCUUCCAGCUGGAGUCCCGCAUGCACCGAUAGCAGAUAAAAAAAAGCCAGGAAGUCCGUUAUCAAUUUUGGAAGUCGAAGACCCUAAACAAUGUGUGCUGGCGCACUUUAUGACGCCUCUUGAGCCACUAGAUCCUCUCGUUGAAUCACCAGUUGCAAUGCCGUUAGUGCUGCAGAGAGAUACCGCAGCUGAAUUAAUUGCGGAAAUUGCACCCUCAGCGUCGCAGAGCAUUUUGUUGACUAACAUGGAAAGGAAUGCGGAUUUUCCUUUUAUAACGUACUAUUUAAUAAAUAAGCAUAAUACGGAUCCCGCUGAUUUUUAUCAAGAAGUUCAAUGCGCAGCACUAAGAAAAUUUGAUCCACGCGACCUGCGCUAUGCUGCGAGUCAUACACUCGAUUUGUUCAAUGAAGUCGCAACGAUAGCGCGACCGCCUCUAGAGCCACCUGGUGGAAGACCACCGAUCCCGUCCACCGGAUACAUCGUAUCUAUUUUUAAAGUCUUCGAGGGCGAUGACAGCCUAAAAUUUGAACAAAAUUGGCUCUACUGGACCGGAGCCCGAAUGAUUUAUCGUUAUUUACCUAAAUCCGUAGGACUAAAACGUAUAACACUUCAUAAGUCAAUGUCACAAGGAGACAAAAUGUAUUUAUUGAUAUGCGAAUGUUCACAAUUACAGGAUAAUUUAUCGGCAGCGGCAAUUUUGUUACCGGCAUUAAGAGCACGUUUGUGUGGUUACACAGGACUCUAUCGACCGUCAGUAUGUUUCUGACUUUGUAGUAAAAAAUAGUUUCUUUCAGUACUUAACAAGGAACUAGAAUCAGUAAAAAUAAAAAUAAUUCUUAUCGACUGCAGAUAAGUACUGAGUCGGUAAAAAAUAUUUUCAUUAACGUUACAGUAAAAAUUUGAUAUCUGUCAUUCCAAUUUUGAUUAUCAGCUUUAAAUAAUUUUUCAUCAGUCACUUCUGAAUUAUACAUUUAUUUAUUAUCGACUGUUGGUACGAAUUCUGUCAGUAAAUAAUAACUUUUAUAAAUUAUCCCGCCAAAUUCUGCAGGCAAAAAAUUUUAAUGAACUGUACUAUCAAAUCAUGUCAUUAAAUUAAAAUAUUGUUGACUACACUAUCAAAUUCUGCCGAUAAAAAAGUUUCCAUCGACUGGGCUGUUAAAUUCCGCCGGUAAAAAGUUUUUUAUUGACAGCCCUGUUAAAUUCUGCCGGUAAAAGUAUUUUUAUCGACCUCACUAUUAAACUCCACCGGUAAAAAUUUUUUAUAUCGACCACGCUAUCAAACAAAUCACUUGAAAAAAUAAAAUUUUCUACUGACAUAAAUUUUUUUUUAAUUUUUUAUCAACUGAAGAAUAACUAACAGCCGAUAAAAAAUUUUUCUAUAAAAAAUAAAAAGUUAUCAAAAUUUUUUCCCGAUAACGAUUAAAGCAAAA